AUGUUUUUUGACAUUUACUCUUCACCACGGCUGACAGAAUCGCUUGAGAACGUUAUCUCACAUAGCACCGGUACAAACAGCAGCAGCGGUACGGGCAGCACUAACCCUGUCUCCAAUGGCAACGCAAACGCUGAAGCUAACGCCAGCAACGGUAACGCUACCAGUAACGGCACUAACGCUGGCAGUGUACUAAACGUCAGCGGUAGCGGUAGUGCCGCUGGUAGUGCGGGAAACGGCACAAACUCUAGUGCUGGGAGCGGUGGUGGAGGAGGAGGUAGCGGUGGAACGUCUGGAAGUAGUGCGGGUGGUGGUGGAGCGAGUAGUAUCAGCGUUAUAAAUGCGACGUCGCUCGUGUCACCCUCGAAUCUGCUCGGUAACGGGCUGUCAAGUCAGCGUCAUCGAAGCGAUCUGCUCGGUACGGCAAAUCUUAACCUGGUGUCCUCGACCCAGUCACCUACGACGACCUCGACCCCGUCAUCCAUUCUGUCGCAAAAUCUGGAGUCACCGGUGGACGUGAAAUCACGGCAAGGUAGGAAUUUUAAGGAUAUUCUUAAUAAUUUGUAA